AUGCCUCAGGCAAAGCCCAAGCCCUCAGAAAUCGCCGCCGAGGCAAAAAAGACCUACAUCCCCUACAUCGAGAAGCGCAUGCCCGAAUACCCCGCGCGCUCAAUCCUCAUCUCCGACAGUGCCGAGAUUCCCAUCAGAUCAGACUGCAAGCCGAAGCAGAGACUCCGCGUUGCCGUCAUCGACGGUGACCCUGUAGACGUGGCUCUCGACUGGUAUCAGUACGGCCGCCAGAACGGGUCCAUCACCUCAUCAGCUCAACGAGUGCCCGUUGUCAACAUGGCCAACGAGAAGCGCGCAGGCGGCGACUGGGAGUCCGGUCUGCUUGCCCCCGAGGAGUGUUUUGCUCGGAGAAUCGUCUACCGAGACGGGCCAGAGUCGUAUCAGCUCUGGAGGGAGUUCAGAGCUUUGCCUGUCAUCUCGGUCGCUCCUGUGCGGCGCCCCAAACUUGAUGAGACGGGCACGCAGUAUUCAUUUGAACAGGAACGCGAGCUCAUGCUAGACAAGAUGCGGGCCGUCUUGCGCAUCGCUGCCGCAUGGGGCCAUAAGGACAUAUGCUUGGGUGCGUUUGGCGUGGGCCCCAUUUUCCGCAAUCCUGCAGCAGAGGUGGCAAGAAUGUGGAAAAGCCUCCUGUUCCACGAGAAGGAGUUUCAGGGUGCUUUUGUCAACGUCGUCUUUGCCAUAGAGACGAACCAGCCGGGAAAUGCAAAGGGCGGCGCCUCAGAACACGAGAUUUUUAGGCGGGAGUUCGAUCCCUCGAAUAUCUUCAGAACGACGUACCGGUAG